GCUGUCGCUUGUCUCCCUGCAAUAGGCAAGCGGAGCUCCCACUCCCAGACCCAACGCGCCUUCUUCUUCUUCUUCUUCCGCUGCUGCCGCCGCCGCCGCCGCCGCCGAUUGCAAUGCAUUUGCCGCUUGAAUGUAGGUCAUUUACAACAGAAAGCGCCGGGUUCUUUCAAACCUAGUGCUGUUGUGUUGCUGCCGGUUUUGGGUUGUUGGUUGGUUGGUUGGUUUGGUCGCUCUCCACCACCAAGAUUUUCUGCUUCUUCUUUUUUUGCGAGGGGCUGUUGCAUUCCUCUGGACUAAGGGGGGAAAAACAACUCAAAACAAAACCGUGUUGGAUUUCACACGCACACCACGCGAGCUAGGAGGUGGGGGGAGGAAAAGAAGCUGGACCCCGGCGAAGCCUGCUGUGUGCUGCGAUUCUGCUGGAAGUCGCCUGGGAAGGCAGAGGCUGCCAAGGACCCCUACAACACAGAGGCAGCUUCCUCCACCGAGGGGGAAAAUGUGUUAACAUCUAAAAUGGCAUCAUGCUACCUCACACUGAUAGGAUUUGAAGGCUUCUAAAGCUGCAACGCUGUUGGUUUAUUCAUCAUGCUGGAGUUAACUGGAAGGAGCCACUGUGCCAGUGUAGUAGAGUAGAUGUUGAACAUCCUGCCACUUCUGAUUCUUGGAUUGUGAUAUCAGCACUGAAAGAGAAGCAGACCCAAGGGAUGGGCUUUAAGCAAAAGAACUCCCUUGCUUUUUGUGCCACAAGGAUCUGUCUAUGGUCAUUCUGCUGAGACACAUACAACGCUCAUUUGGGGAGCUUCUUUCUGCCUUGGCAAGAUUACUUUUUGUCCCUUAUUUUAUUUUCCUUGGUCAACUCCUCCCUCCCCCUCCCCCCACUUGCGCACUCCCCUCCCUCCUCACUUAUUGUCCUUUCCCGACGAAUUUGAUUCUCCAUCUGGGUGUGGAAGGAAGAGGCCUGCGAAUGUUGAUGUAAAUCAUGUCAAGGCCAAUGGGACUCUUAUGGCUGCCUUUGAUCUUUACUCCUGUUUGUGUCAUGUUGAAUUCUAAUUUCCUCUUCUGGAUAACUGCUCUAGCGAUACGGUUUACGCUUAUCGAUGGACAAGCACAAUACCCAGUCGUUACCACGAAUUAUGGCAAAAUACGUGGUGUAAGAACACCUUUGCCCAAUGAAAUCCUUGGUCCUGUGGAGCAAUACUUGGGAGUCCCUUAUGCUUCUCCUCCAACUGGAGAAAGACGAUUCCAGCCCCCGGAGCCUCCUUCCUCCUGGACCGGCACGCGGAAUGCCACACAAUUUGCUGCUGUCUGCCCGCAGUAUCUGGAUGAGAGAUCGCUGCUCAACGACAUGCUGCCUGUUUGGUUUACUGCCAACUUGGAUACUGUGAUGACGUAUGUUCAAGAUCAAAAUGAAGACUGCCUGUAUCUGAAUAUUUAUGUGCCUACUGAGGAUGGAGCCAACACAAAGAAAAGCGCAGAUGAUAUAACCAGUAAUGAUCGUGGGGAAGACGAAGACAUACAUGAUCAGAACAGCAAGAAGCCAGUGAUGGUCUACAUCCAUGGUGGAUCAUAUAUGGAAGGCACAGGGAAUAUUGUUGACGGCAGCAUACUGGCCAGCUACGGAAAUGUCAUUGUUGUAACCAUCAACUACAGGCUAGGGGUUCUAGGUUUUCUAAGCACUGGAGACCAAGCUGCAAAAGGCAAUUAUGGAUUGCUUGACCAAAUCCAAGCUUUACGAUGGAUUGAAGAAAAUAUUGGAUCGUUUGGAGGAGACCCAAAAAGAGUUACUAUUUUUGGAUCUGGGGCAGGAGCCUCCUGCGUCAGUCUGUUGACAUUGUCUCACUAUUCAGAAGGUCUGUUCCAAAAGGCAAUCAUACAAAGUGGAACAGCCCUGUCCAGCUGGGCAGUGAACUACCAGCCUGCCAAGUACACUGCAAUUUUGGCAGAAAAAGUAGGCUGCAACACGCUGGACACUACAGACUUAGUUGAAUGCUUUCGGAAUAAGAACUACAAAGAACUCAUUCAGCAAACGAUCACACCAGCUACGUACCACAUUGCCUUUGGGCCUGUGAUUGAUGGGGAUGUAAUUCCAGAUGAUCCUCAGAUCCUGAUGGAGCAGGGAGAAUUUCUCAACUAUGACAUAAUGCUAGGCGUAAACCAAGGGGAAGGCUUGAAAUUUGUAGAUGGAAUUGUAGAUAACGAAGAGGGCGUCUCUCCAAAUGAUUUUGAUUUCUCUGUAUCCAAUUUUGUGGACAAUCUGUACGGCUAUCCGGAAGGGAAAGACACGCUACGAGAGACCAUUAAGUUCAUGUACACAGACUGGGCAGAUAAGGAGAAUCCCGAAACGCGAAGAAAGACCCUAGUGGCUUUGUUUACCGACCACCAGUGGGUUGCUCCAGCUGUCGCCACAGCUGACCUGCAUGCCCAAUAUGGCUCCCCAACGUACUUCUAUGCAUUUUAUCACCACUGCCAGAGUGAAAUGAAACCCAGCUGGGCUGACUCAGCACACGGCGAUGAAGUCCCUUAUGUCUUUGGCAUUCCGAUGAUUGGCCCUACAGAACUGUUCAACUGCAACUUUUCAAAGAAUGAUGUCAUGCUCAGUGCGGUAGUGAUGACGUACUGGACAAACUUCGCCAAAACUGGGGAUCCAAACCAGCCCGUUCCCCAGGAUACAAAGUUUAUCCAUACGAAACCCAAUCGUUUUGAAGAAGUAGCCUGGUCUAAAUAUAAUCCAAAAGACCAACUUUAUUUACACAUUGGCUUGAAACCCAGAGUCCGGGAUCACUACCGAGCGACGAAAGUUGCUUUCUGGCUAGAACUUGUUCCACAUUUGCACAACCUGAACGAAAUAUUCCAGUACGUCUCCACAACAACGAAGGUGCCGCCUCCUGAUAUGACAUCAUUCCCUUACGUCACCAGGCGUUCUCCUGGCGGGAAGUUCACCACCAAGCGCCCAUUGAUGACACCGAGCAACAACCCGAAGCAUUCGAAAGACACACAGAAAACAUCUCCAGACGAUGCGAGCGUUCUGAUAGAAAACAAGAGAGAUUAUUCCACAGAGCUGAGUGUUACCAUUGCCGUAGGGGCAUCUUUAUUAUUCCUCAACAUAUUAGCAUUUGCCGCGUUGUACUACAAAAAAGACAAGCGACGCCAUGAGACGCACAGACGCCCCAGUCCACAGCGGAACACCACCAACGAUAUCGCCCACAUACAGAACGAAGAGAUAAUGUCAUUGCAGAUGAAGCAGCUGGAGCACGACCACGAGUGCGAGUCACUACAGGCACACGACACCCUGAGACUCACCUGUCCCCCUGAUUAUACCCUCACUCUUAGAAGAUCUCCGGAUGACAUUCCACUCAUGACGCCCAACACCAUAACCAUGAUUCCAAACACAUUAACAGGAAUGCAGCCUUUGCAUACUUUCAACACUUUCAGCGGAGGACAAAACAGUACUAAUUUGCCCCAUGGACAUUCCACCACUAGGGUAUAGCUCUGUUAUUCGCCCCACACCAUGCCACCCGGAAGAUUAAAAAUAAGAAAAAAAGGGGGGGGGAAGCAAAGAAAAUAAAUCAUACUCUCCAUCAAGCAACUUGUCAAAACAAAACAAAAAAGAGAUAGAGAAAGAGAGAAAGGCAGACACAUUUUUUCUUACAGAUCCUUUUCAUAGGAACUCUGAUAUUCUAUUAAAAAACAAACAAACCAUCACCUUCUCAAACCCUGUGAAAUGUGAAAUGUGUACAUUGCUAUUAGGAUACUGCUUUAAUAUCUCAACCACUCUGAUUGAAAGUUAAGAGUUGAGGCCUGAAGAGAAUCACUUAGAAAGGAUAUGUAUUGAGUGUAACAAACAGAAGCAGAAACUUCUGGAAACACAGAGCCAGUGACUGUACAGUUUUUUAAUAAAUAAAAUUUUAAAAAAAUGUUCUAUAUGUGCCAUACCAUGAAUGGCCCUUGUUAUACAAAAGACAUCGCCAUGGGCUUUUACCCAUCAUAAGAAGCUGUAAUCCAGAAUGGGGAAAUAAGAUUUUAUUAUUAAAAAAAUAGGACUGACUAUGCAGUAAAUACGUAUAGUUCUGUGCAAAGAGAUGACUUGCCAGCCUGAACUAUAUUUAAGAAACUUUGUAAAAAAAAAUGUACAUAGCUGUGAGUUUUAAAAAGAAGAAGCUUUUAUUGGUGUUUUCAGUUUGAAAAGAGCUUUUAGAAAGAUUGUGCUUUCAGUUGUGAUCUAUGUGUAUAAACAUUAAUCAUACCACCUCUGUUUCCUCCCAGACCAAAAGGAGGAUUUUCUUCUUAAUUACUAGUGGUAAACCAACACAUGAGGGUUUCUUUUUUUCUCCCUAAUGUUUCAUUUCUAGGAGAACAUGAUGUCAUGCCGAGGAUACAGACGACUGUGUGGCCUGCCAGAUGUUCUUUUACAGGUUACACACAUGCAUGUUAAGGCGUUCAUAGAUAGGAAACAGUUGGGUUUGUUUUCCUAAAAUAUAUAAAUAUAUGAAUAUAUAAAUCCUUUUUCUUUUCCUUUCCUAUUUUUGUGUUAGCUUCCAUAUACUGCAACACAGAGAAACAGAUUUGAAGAAUUACAAAAAGCUUGUUAAAAUUGAGCUAUGAGUCCAUUUCUUUUUUGUUUUAAUUUGUUUUGGGUAUCCGCUAUGCCAUGAAACGUUGCUUUCCAAAUUGUGAGUGUCCUGAUGUGUAUUAAGAAGGUCUGCCUCUUUGGCCAGUCUUUUUUCUGAGGAAGAUUAGUUCUGCCUGCACCAGCAGUCUGCAGAAGAGGUUGAUCUGAGAAGCAACUGCUCUGCUCUUUUGAACAAGGGAAACACAUGAAGUGGAAGAUGGGGAAGAAAUAGCUUCUAUUUACUGUUCAUUUAAUAAAGAUCUAGACGGAACAGUCUAUAAAGAGCUUUUGCCCCAGUAGCAAUUUGUAAUCAAGCCCACAGUCUUUUGUUGCACCACAGAAAGGAUGGAUGCCCUGGAGAGCUAGAAGAAAACCAUAUCAAAUGUACAAUAGGUGAGUUGCCUUGAAGAAGCUGGAUCAUUUUACUGCGCAAAAGCAUCAAACCUUUUUCUUAAUUCCUCACUCUAUUCCCGUUAACAGGGGAGUUUGGUAUGAAAGGCAGCUGUCCCAACAAGAUACUUGGCACCUCUGUAUAAAGUUUAUUAAAAAAUAUCAACUGUUAUAAAGGUAGAAUUGAGUUAUUAAUAAGUGAAGAAUGGUUUAUAUUUUGUCUUUAGAAAACUGAAGUUAAAGUUGGUAACCAAAGAUAUUUGAACAGAGUUGCUCUGCACAUGAUCAUAUCUUUCCCAGGAUGUAUAUUGUAUUUUUUAUUUCCCUGUGUUAAAAAGGGCACAACGCUGUAUUAUCAUCCCCAGAUAAUCAUAUCUGACACAAGAUGCCUUCUGCCUUUAGACUAGACAGCUUGCAACAUUCUAACUUACAGCUACGUUGACAUCUUCUCAUCUGGCUGUGUUAUAGGCGCAGCUCCAUACUGUUUCUGGCAAAGAAAGCAGGUCCUGACAUUGAGAAUGGUAAAAAGUGGGUUGGCGACCCAGCAAAUUGACUAAUGUGGCCCAUACUGAAGUCUUGUUGGAAAUUGAAAACUUGUAUAUGCUUUCCUUCUGCUUCUUGGUGAGGGUUUACAUGAGCUUAGAGCUCGGUUUGUCACCCAAUAUUAAACGGGGAAGAAGGAAAAAAGCAAUUGCCUUCCACGAUCUUUACUGUAAUCUUAAUUAAAGCCGGGCCUAUUCUAUGCCAUUCUCACAAUCGACGCAUUGCCUCCAUAAAGACACAACAGUUCUUCACGACUUGUGGGAUUAAAGAAAAAGGGAUGUGAUGGCAUCUUAGUUGGGUAUGUUUGUUAUGUGAAUUAUGGUAUUUGUUUAGUAUUUCCAGUUGUCUUCUGCUAGCAACAUGUACAGUACUGUGUCAGGCUUGUGACAUUUGGGUAAAACCGUUUCUGUAAGUGAAUGAUUUUAGCUUUUAAAAACAAUGACAAUGACGUCACUUUAAUAAUCCAAUACGUCUGGACAGAUGUAUGAUUUAUAAAUGGAAAUUUUUAGGCUCUUCAUAGGAUUCUAUAAUAAUAACAACAAAGUAUACUUUGAGGAAAAAAACUAUAAAAGGAAAGAAAAAAGAACUUUCCCAGGCUUUUCUUCUUGACCUUAAGAGGCACGCAGGGUUUCUUUUUAUUAUUGUUUCUGCAUUUUUCUUUUCUCUUUUGGUUCUGCCUUAAGUAAGGAUAGAAGAUAUAUAUGGCUGGACACAUAUGUAUAAACUUUUCAGCAGCAUU